CUAAUGACAUUGAAGGCUUUGGGCUACAACAUUGAUGGUCAAGCAGAAAGUUUUAUUUCAGAUCAAAAACUGGCUCACUAUUCAAAGAUACCACAGAGAGCUGUUUUCCGUGGACAAAUAUUUGGUUGCCUAUUGCAAAUCAUUGUCACUUUGUGUGUGAUUAACUGGGAAAUUUCAAACGUUAAAGGUCUUUGUACUCCCAAGCAAGAAAGUCGGUUUUCAUGCCCACAAGAAAAGUAUUUCCCAAAACAAACAAAACACUUCUAUCCAACUUUGAUCAUAGGUGGUAUGCUUGUUUUUGCACCAUAUAACCUUUCUUACUACUAUCCUGCAUUUGUUCUUGGCUAUAUUUUCAACCAUUUCAUUAAGGGUAGAUAUCUUUCGUGGUGGGAAAGAUACAACUUUGUCUUAUCUGCAGGUCUUAAUACAGGAACUGCUUUCUCUGCUGUCAUCAUAUUCUUUGCAGUUCAAUAUCAUCCAGUAGUGCUCAGUUGGUGGGGUAACAACGUUCCCUAUGCUGGUACUGAUGGUCAAGCUGAUGGUUACCAGAUGUCGCUACUUGAUCCGGCCAGCCAACCUGAUGGAUACUUUGGUUUGAGACUUCAUAACUCUACCGGCUAGGGUUUCCGUCGUUUCUUAAUGGUGCCUGUUUUUUACUUUUAUUUUCCUGUUUUUCCAGAGAGUUGUUACAAUUUAUAUCUUUUUCUUCAUUCAUUUUAAUACGCCUAUAUUUUUGUAAUUUAGAUAUUUGCUGUAUAUUUAUAAAUCAUUGCAGCCAUAAAAUUCCAAAACUUUUGUCCUGUUCCCCAAGCUUUUUUGAAAAGCUUGUUCAAACAGCAAUCUCGAUAAGCAGAAGUGUGGGCACUCAGUGCAACCAGUAAUUAAAUUUUAACUUUGAAGA